CAUUUUUGGUAAAGCAAAACAGAAGAAAAAAGAGAAGACAGAACAUAAACAGAGUUUCACUUCACUUCAUCAGUUUCAAAAUGGCUUCUUCAGAUCUUUACAUCUUUGAUGGUUCUUUUUCAUCUUCAGAUAUGUUCUCUUCAGGCACAACAACUACGGACUUGUUCUGCAACAAUGAACUUUACUCUGUUGAUGAAUCUCUCAACAUAUUUGACCAUUUUACCCCUCACACCCUCUCUUCAUCUCUUCCAAGCGACCUUCUUGGAACCCUAACUCUCUCUCCUCAAAUACCCACCGGAUUAUAUUCUGACUUCUCCGACGGCGUCAAAACAGAGCAGUUUUACGGCGGCUCCGAUCAUAAACAGAAGGAAACGGUUGCGUCAAUGGCGAGAAGCUACAGUGCAGUAGAGAAUGCGGGGAGAUACAUGCAGAGAAGCUUUAGCACCAAUUCCGUAGACAGAAAACCAAAUCAGAUUCCGUUCAACAACGUUCCGAUAAUGGAUUCUUUAAAUCUCCAUUUCAAUGGCUUGAAAUCGCCAGAAAAUGACUUCUUUUCUGGUCAGAUGAUGCGACGAGUCUAUACCACAGGAGAUUUGCAGAACCCAAGAAAGAAUGUUGCAGAGCAGAGAUCAUCGGAGCCGUUUCAAGACGAGCAGAACGUUACGGUGGGACGAUACAGUGCAGAAGAACGUAAAGAGAAGAUCUCAAAGUAUAGAGCUAAACGAAACCAUAGAAACUUUACCAAAACUAUUAAGUAUGCAUGCAGGAAAACGCUAGCGGACAGUAGACCUCGAAUACGUGGCAGAUUCGCACGCAACGACGAAGUUGUAGAGAAUCCCAACAUUGAAGACGACGACACCGAGCUUUGGAAAUUGGAUGGGCUGCAUGAGGUAGAUGAAGCUUUUGGGAGCAGCUUUGUGGUGCAACAGACUCAUUUGCAAUACACAGAUUUUUCUUCUUUUUGGUGA